UGAAGGAAAAGAAAAAAAAAAAAAAAAAAAAAAGGGAAAGCGAAGUAAAACAGAAAAAGACCAUCUCUGACUCUCACUUCUCCUUAAGAUCCCUAAAGCUUCAUACUGAUUUUUUUCCUUCGUUUUCUCGCUCGAUUUCUCAAUCAGAAGAAGAAUCUGUUCAGAUUUUGUGGAAGUAGUUGGUGAAUUCAAAGAUUAGUUUCCUUUUUUUUUGUGGAAUCGCUACGGAAUUGAACUCAAGCGAGACUGAGAAUUGCGACUUCUUAGAUGUCGUCAGUGUUGUUUUGUUUCUCUGGGACAGUGUGCGACUGAUUUUGGAUUUCGUUGGUGAUGCUUGGAUUCGUGUUCUUGUUUUUCUUUUUGGUGUCCACGCCAUGUUUCAGCUUAUCACAGUAUGUGGUGGACACUGAAUUUGAGAGCCCUUUGAGAUUGUUUUCAGAUGUAGAUUCUGGGAAUUCUAGUGCUCCCAGUAACGUGACUUGUCAGGACCUGGAUGGUGUUGGCUCGUUGAAUACCACUUGUACAGUGAACUCGAAUUUGCGUUUCGAUUCUGAUCUUUAUGUAUAUGGAACGGGCAAUCUGAACAUACUUGCCCAUGUCUUAGUUGAUUGCCCCAUUUAUGGAUGUAUGAUCACCUUCAAUGUUUCUGGAAAUAUUCAUGUGGGUCAAUCAGCAAGAAUCGUUGCCGGUUCUGUGGUUUUCUCUGCUGUCAAUUUAACAAUGGAUACCAAUUCUUCUAUCUACACGACAGCAUUGGCUGGACCACCACCUUCUCAGACUAGUGGAACACCAUAUGGUACUGAUGGUGCGGGUGGAGGCCAUGGUGGGAGAGGUGCUUCGUGUCUCAAGAGCAAUAAAACAACCUAUUGGGGUGGUGACGUUUAUGCUUGGUCGUCUUUGCAUGAACCGUGGAGCUAUGGGAGCGAGGGAGGUGUUAAGUCCACUACGGAAUUCGGAGGCAAAGGUGGAGGUCGUGUCAAACUCCUAUUGAAUGACACAAUACAUAUGAAUGGAUCUGUUUCAGCAGAUGGUGGUGAUGGUGGACAGGAAGGGGGUGGAGGAUCUGGAGGAAGUAUCUUUAUUCAUUCAGUAAAGCUGAAGGGUUACGGUAAAUUAUCUGCAUCGGGUGGGAGGGGAUGGGGUGGAGGUGGUGGAGGAAGGAUCUCCCUUGACUGUUACAGCAUACAAGAAGAUAUCAAAGUUCUUGUGCAUGGUGGCGCAAGUAUUGGGUGCCCCAAAAAUGCUGGAGCUGCUGGAACAUAUUUCAAUGCAGAAUUAGUUAGUUUAAGGGUUGGAAACGAAAACAUGACUACAGAGACAGAAACUCCGUUGCUCGAUUUUCCUACAAGACCUCUGUGGUCAAACAUCUAUGUAGAUAAUAAUGCAAAAGUUUUGGUCCCGCUGCUAUGGACAAGAAUGCAGGUCAGAGGCCAAAUCAGUCUUUAUAGGGGAAGCAGCAUUGUCUUUGGGUUAUCAAAGUAUCCAAUUUCAGAAUUUGAGCUUGUUGCAGAAGAGCUUUUAAUGAGUAACUCCGUAAUAAAGGUUUUUGGUGCAUUACGACUUGUUACGAAGAUGCUGCUCAUGUUGAAUUCUGUGAUUAAAAUUGAUGGUGAAGGAAACCCUGCGGUGCCUUCCUCCGUCCUAGAAGUUCGCAACCUUGCAGUUCUAACGGAAAAUUCCGUCAUUACUUCUAAUGCGAACUUGGGUGUAUAUGGUCAAGGAAUGUUGACGCUCACUGGUCCUGGGGAUGCAAUUAAAGGCCAGAGGCUUUCCUUAUCUCAGUUUUACAACAUAACUGUUGGACCAGGUUCAGUACUUCAAGCACCACUUGAUGAUUACGAAAGCAAAAACGCGGUUACUCGGACCCUUUGUGAGAGCAAGACAUGCCCAAUAGACUUGAUUAGUCCACCGGAUGAUUGCCAUGUCAAUUACACACUAUCGUUUUCCCUUCAGAUAUGUCGAGUCGAGGACAUUCUUGUGAGUGGUCUUGUGAAAGGAAGCAUAAUUCAAAUCCACAGGGCGAGAACGGUUGUAGUUACUGAUGAUGGCUUGAUCACUGCAUCUGAAUUUGGUUGUAGUGGUGGCUUGGGAAAGGGGCUUUCUUCAAAUGGGGCUGGUAGUGGUGCUGGGCAUGGAGGAAGAGGGGGAUCAGGCAUUUUCAAUGGGAAAGUAUGCAACGGAGGUCAUACUUACGGCGAUCCUGAUUUUCCCUGUGAGUUGGGGAGCGGAGCAGAAAGUCCAGAUAAAUCGUAUGGGGAUGUGACUGGUGGAGGGAUGAUAGUUAUUGGCUCCAUCCAGUUUCCUCUUUUCAUACUUAAUCUGAGUGGAUCUCUGAGCUCUGAUGGCCAAAGCCUUGGGAAGCCAAUAGUGAAUGUUGGGGGUGGUGGGGGUGGAGGGGGGAGACUUCAUUUUCACUGGGAUAUGUUACACACUGGGGACGAGUAUUCUCCUGUUGCAACUGUCAAGGGGUCCAUUAGCAGUAGAGGAGGUGCAGGGGACAAUGGAGGUCGUUUCGGGGAAGAGGGAACAAUGACUGGGAAGAAGUGUCCAAAGGGAUUAUAUGGUACAUUUUGCUUGGAAUGCCCUAUUGGCACUUACAAGAAUGUUGAAGGCUCUGAAAAACGUCUGUGUACACCCUGCCCACCUGAGCAUCUUCCAAGUCGUGCAAAAUUUGUAUAUGUACGAGGAGGAGUUAGCGAACCCGUUUGCCCCUAUAAAUGUGUAUCUGACAAAUACAGAUUGCCAAACUGCUAUACACCUCUGGAAGAGCUUGUCUAUGCAUUUGGAGGGCCAUUGCCCUUUGCUCUUCUUCUAUCUUGUGUAGUGGUAGUUUUGGGUCUGUUGCUAAGCACAUUAAGUAUCAAAUUGCUCAGAUUGAGUUUCUAUGGUGCCAAUUCCAUCGAACACCAGAGUGCUCAUUGUUUACCCCAUCUUCUGUCACUCUCUGAGGUUCGAGGCGCAAAGUCUGAGGAUACGCAAACCCAUGCCUACCGUAUGUACUUCAUGGGUCCAAACACUUUCAGGGAACCUUGGCAUCUGCCCUACUCUCCUCCUGAUGCAAUCAUAGAGAUAGUGUAUGAAGAUGCUUUUAACAGAUUUAUUGAUGAGAUCAACUCUACCGCAGCGUAUGAUUGGUGGGAAGGCUCUGUCCACAGCAUUCUAUCAGUUCUUGCAAAUCCUUGCGCCUGGUCAUGGAAACAAUGGCGUCGCAGGAGAAAAAUUCACCGCCUUCAAGAAUAUGUCAAAUCUCAAUAUGACCACUCUUGCCUCCGCUCAUGCAGAUCUAGAGCUCUCUAUAAAGGGAUGAAGGUUGGAGCCACUCCAGAUCUGAUGGUUGCGUACAUAGAUUUCUUUCUUGGCGGUGAUGAGAAGCGUGUAGAUAUGGUCUCUAUUAUACAGAAAAGAUUCCCAAUGUGCAUCCUUUUUGGUGGAGAUGGAAGUUAUAUGUCACCUUAUAGUCUCCAUAGUGAUACACUGUUAACAAAUCUUCUUGGCCAGCACAUCCCACCAAGUGUUUGGCACCGGUUUGUUGCCGGUUUAAAUGCCCAACUUAGGACUGUGAGGCACGGAUCUAUUCGUUCAGCAUUACUUCCUGUCAUUAGGUGGAUAAAUAGCCAUGGAAAUCCUCAACUCGAAUUCCAUGGAGUAAGAAUUGAACUUGGAUGGUUUCAAGCUACAGCUUCAGGAUACUACCAACUCGGUAUAUUGGUUUUUGUUGGCGAUUUUCCUCUGAACAACGUAAAUCAAUCAAUUUCAUUCAGAAGUGACGACGAGUCCCCUCGGAACAGCGCUGCAUGUCCCAGCAAAUCUCUUAUCGAGUUGCAACAAAACUUGAUCCAACCAGGACAUGGCUUAUCUCGAAAGAGAAUCAAUGGUGGGAUCAAUGGAGGCCUCAUCAAUGAGAUUUCACUAGAUUCUCUGCAGUACAGAAGGGAUUUACUUUUUCCAUUUUCUCUCUUAUUGAACAAUACUCGACCCGUUGGGCGUCAGGAUACUCUUCUCCGUUUGAUCUCCAUCCUUCUCCUUGCUGAUCUUUCAAUUACGCUACUUGCAUUACUUCAGUUCUAUUGGCUUGCCCUUGCAGCCUUUCUUGCUAUCCUCCUGAUUCUCCCUCUCUCUCUGCUUUGCCCAUUCCCUGCGGGUCUUAACGCGUUACUUAGUAAAGAAAUGAGAAGAGCCUCACUUACUCGUAUCUACGGCCUUUGGAACGCUACAUCUCUAACAAACGUCAUUGUGGCUUUCAUUUGCGGUGUCAUUCAUUCCGGGUUUUUCUCUGACGAGCUACCAAACAUCUGGAACGCCAUAAGGGAUGAUGAUAAGUGGUGGGUGUUACCAACAAUCCUCUUGUUACUCAAGUCAACACAAGCUCGGUUCCUUGAUUGGCAUGUCGCAAAUCUCGAAGUACCGGACUUUUCACUUCUUUGUCCUGAUCCAGAUACCUUCUGGGCAUAUGAAUCAGGUGCUUGACCAUCCAAAGAUUAAUCAACAUCGUUAUAAAGAAAGACAAGCAAAAGGUAUAUCUUAUUUUUCAUGUAAAUCAUUUUUAAAAAAGUACAAAGUUCUUCUCAGUGAAUAGUUGGGUAAAACAGUUCUCUAGAACAUCUGGUUAUAUUUCUGGUGCUGAAUUAGUGUUUUA